GGAAUCUCGCGAGUUCGUUCGCUCUACAGCGGCACGUAUCCGGACCCGUUUGCCCGUUUCUUCUCGGUUUUGGUACUCGCGGAUCGCGGCGACAUCACGUUCUUUCUUCGACGUUACCUUCGUUGUCCCCCGGCAUCCGUUAUCGUCACCACCACCAUCACCACCACCACCUCGUCUUUUUCGAGCGUCGCCGAACAUCGUAAUCGUCAUGUGUGUAACGAUGUGGCGGCGGGCGGUGCUGAGCCGCUACCACGCGCGUGAACCUUCAUUCGAUCGGUAAGGUGGAGAUCGGCCCGGCCCGGCCUUGCGGCGACGAGAGGGAGCACUGGCGGGGGAUGAUUCCAGCGUAAUGACGAUCGGCCCGAAUUGUUGCGAUGGAAUAUGGGAUCUGGAGUCUUCACGUCGCGGGUGAACUUUGGGGUGACCCGCGUCUCGCCCGAAGGCAUCCGAUUCUGCCUUCCGGCGCGACGCAGAUCCUGCCAAGAGCUGCGUUCGCCCUGAGCGCUCUGCACCGGCCCGACAUGCUGCCGCUGCCGUUGACGGCAGCGGGGCCGCCCUACGUUCCGAUGGAGCUGAUAACGAAACCAGCCUCGGUCGCAUCCACCAACGCCGAAGACGCCGAGGAUGCGGAGAGGAGCACGAACGGCGAAGAUGAAGAUUCUCAGCAGCGCGACGACAACGAAAGUAACAUCGAACAGGCUGAUCAAAACGAAAAUCAGACUUGCGUGCCAAACGAAAGUAACGACAACGAAGAUGCCGGUGACGAGAGCGAUACUGGUAGCACCAACAGUUCACAUCGAUCGGCGAACAACAAUCUAUCAAUCGCGAAGCUUCCCGAUCCGAUGUCAUGCCUGGCUCUCGACAAGGAAGGAACUCCCGUUCUCAACGGUUGGGUACUGGGUGCUUACACAGCGAUGCUGGGCAGACUGUCUGCCGCCACUGCGGCACUGGAAGCAACGGAAGUUCCCAAUAUUCCCUCCGAUAGUGAUUCUGAGAGCGAGCAUUCAUCCUAUACUGAAAAAUCGAGAGGCAGCAGUCCGAACGUGAGCAGCGUUCAUCGCGGCUACUCGUGCGGCUCUUGCGACGUAGUGGCACCGACGAGACCGGCCCUAAGGAAGCACAUAGCCGAUUGCCAUCCCGCUCUGUCCGGCGCGGAGACUGGGGAGACCAAGAGGUGUCCGUCCACGGGCUGUGACUUCACGACGAGCAGCAGGUGCGAGAUGGAGACCCACGUGGCGGCGCAUGUAGCCCAGGGGAUGACGCCCACGGGGAAGAAACGCUCGCUGGCCUUGCAACGCGUCAGGUAUAGGUACGAAAGGGAAGAAUAUCGAUGCUCACUGUGCUCGUAUGCGUGCACGAUCGAGAAGGCAUUUCAAAGACAUCUGCGAGCGCACGCGAGAGGCUCCGCGCCGGAGACUAGGGUGAGCUGCGCCGUUUGCGGUGCCGACCGAUCGUCCGAAGUCGACCUCAACAGGCACAUGCGAAGGCAUCGCGACGACCGAUACUUCUGCUGUGAUAUCUGUAUUUUCCGCACAGUGCAACUGAAGAAGCUGAUACAGCAUCGUCGCAUGCACACGGGUGAGAAGCCGCAUCUGUGCCCACACUGCGCCUACCGAAGCGCACGUCGCGACAAUCUACGCAGUCACGUACGACGAGUGCACAAAAAGGAGAACCUCUAUUGCGAUACCUUCAGCCCGCGCGGCAUGCUGAUAACCCCCUCGCUGUUGGCCUCCUCGAGGGACACUACUGACGUCGACCUGGUACAGAGCCCGGCAUCCUCGCCGUCUUCAAAUCCGGACGCGACCAACUAGCGAAAACGAAGAACGAAGAGAAGAGCAACGGCCCCGAGAGAUCUGCGAAAAAAGAAAUCUGGGACUCGCCUGUCCUUUAUACGUCCUCAUUUUGUCAAUACUGCGAUCUAGAUAUAUUAGAAUUCACAGGAAGGCUUGUACAAGUGCUGAACUUGGCAGACAAACGAAGAAAAAUUGCAUUCGAGUGAAAAUUAAAUCCAAGUUCGAGGAAAAUUGGUAACUAUUUACUAUUCAUAAUUUCAUGAUAAAAACGACUUAAGAAGUAAGCUAGAAGUAGAGUUAAAGUAAUUUACGAAUACGACGUGAAUGGAGAAAUAAAGUCAAUCUGAGGAGAAUGGAUUGUUUCCCAAAUCAGCAUCGGCAAGACUUCCCCCUUUUUAGACAUUAGGAAACGUAUAGAUUAUUGCAUGCGAAUGUCGAUAAUUUAAUGUAACCUUUGAAUUCUAACAAGAUCUUGUAUUAGCUAUGUAAACGUCCAAAUGUUACAUUACGUAGCCGAUUCGACGAAGUAAUGACGAUCGGUAGACCGUCCGUUCGCGUCAUUCGAUGAUGAUGAACGGAGAAAGCUGCAAAAUGGUGCUAGAAUCGUAGAUUGGACUAUGGAGAAAGACUGAAAGUAGAAACGAAUUCACGGCGCGACGUGACGUCCAUCUCUUUUACGCUCUUCCCGCACUGACCGCCGUGACUAAAAAAAAAAAAGAAAAAAUGAAAUUACAAUUCAGCAAAGUUUAAGACUGCAACUCUGUACCGGGGAUUCUCGUGCUAAUUGUGACGUUUCAUUGUUUCUCAUUAACUAUUUGGUCGUUAAUUAAUUACCGACGCCUACAUCGUUAGUUUCAAUCUUUUUAAAAUUUUUCUUUGCUUCUCAUUUGAAUUUUUCAAGUAUGAUUUGAUCUCGAUUCUUAUUUUGCCAAUGCUCGUUUUAAUCCCAUGACCUAGUAUUCAAUUCCGAGAUGAAAACUUUAUUUUUAGUACCGUAUAUGGGCAAACACAACGAUCAAUAUAUUUGAGUACUUGAACAGAUUCGAGCAAGAGCUCGCAAUAGUCGCUAGCUAUAUAUCGAGGCGGAUGCUCGGAGACUCGAUCGAAUCAGGCCAACGGUUAAUGAGAUCAAUAAAAGCACCGAGUCACGGCACGACGAUGUCGCGAGGACCCCGGCCGGGAUGGAAAGGUGCUAUUUUAUGAAGAUUCGUUUUAACGUUACGUGUCUAGUAUAUAGUUCGCUCGCGCUGCAUGAAUUGCCACGCUAUAAGUGUAAUUGUUAAGUACUUGUUAACACGAAUCAUAUUGUUAUCGUUACCUGAGUUAUCGCUAUCGUUUCCAUUCGUACUAUUACGGACUAAAUAAUGCAAGUACGAUUAUGAUUACGCAAGUAUUAUAACGACAGAUAGACAGUGUAUCGCGUAACGUCUGAUGAAGUCUAACACGUUUUAUUUUGCAGACGAUGACGUUCGAGACAUCUUCAUAGAACCGCUACAUCUUUGUACUCGUCUUUAAAUUAUAAAAUCAUCUUUAAUCAUGUACAUCAUAUUUAAAUUAUAAAACUCGCUUUAUACGACAUAUAGCACUUUUUUCUAAAAAAAAAAGCACUAUUGUUAUCUUCUGCAAAAUUUAAGCUCGUUGGACGCGUUUAUUCGCUAUCGAUACAUAUGUUUUGAGUACGUUUCUCUCUUUAGGAUCCAAAACCCGAUCCCCGAUCGCUUGCUCGUGUGAGGGGGAGAAGGCAAACAAGAUCGAUUGUAUAACGGAAAUAUGUGUCAAUUUUUAAUCUAUCAUACAAAUACGUUGUAGUCGGUAAACGAUUCUUAACGGCGUCUCACGUCAAGUGGCACGAGAAGACGACACAUACGCCACGAUGAUUCGUCGUCUCUCGAGAAUGACAUUCUCGCGGAGAGAGAAUAUCGUUUCACUAUAUAGACGCUAUAGCCAUUACUAUACAAUACUAUGCUAAACUACAAGGUAUACGAUGAUAUGCGAAGUCGAAGCUGCACGGCGUAAGGUUUCACUCCCCCGGCACAUUUUAACGCUUCAUAUUUGAACGCAUUUGCCGCACGUUAAGCAAGUCUUUUUUUUUCCAAGUUGAAUUUAUUAUUCGUUGUCACCUAGUCAUUUUGCAACUGAAUUCUUUCAGCUCAUUAUCAUGCGUUAUCAUUACCGGUAUUAUCUUCGCUAAAAGUAUCGCGAGUAAUCAUAGUUCAUUCCGUGCCAAGUAGCAUAAAUUUUGAAAUAAGCCACAAUUACGAGCGAAUGUGAUUUAGAUUUUAAUUAAUUAUAUUACAUAAUUAUAUAUAUAUAUUAAAUAUUAAAUUAUAUUUUAUCUUUUAGGUAUACGGAUGACUAUAGUAGUCAAGAUAAUUACGAUUAUGCGUGGAAGUUGGUAAAAAAAAAAGAGGAAAAAAGAAAAACGUUUAUUCCGGAUUAUAUAACGAUGUAGGCCCGUUCAUCUGAAAGCAGAACAUGGUUUAACAUAUACCGGGUGUGCGCAUAAUUCACUCGACCAUGCCGAACGAAAAUCAUGAGUUAUACAUGCUGGUGUACGUGCUAUUUUGCCUUUGAUACAUAUAUGUCGGAAUAUUUUGUAUUCGUAAAACGCAUUUACGGUGGUGCGGCACUGCACGAUGCAACGGGUUUCUCAAUGCGACUUUUUAUAUGCAUGAUUUUACACAAAGCGCUACCUUGACUGCUGAAGGGGACGACUUAUACUUUUUCCAUUUCUUCCGCGCACUAUCUACAAGUCGUUUCGAUGAUACGCCGAGCGCGCAUUAGCACAUUCAGAAUAUUUGUAUCACGAAAUAGUUCAUCGCGACGCGCACGGUUUACGUAUCCGUCACGAAGGAGGUUUCUUGUUAAUUACACGUCCGCAAUUAGCGUGACUGGCUCCGUCCGCCGUUAGUAUUUACUUGGAGUAAUUGUUUAUUUUUUUAUUUUGGUCAAAAGUAAUAGCACAACUUGAACUAAGCGUUCCGUAUACGUCGUACGUCAGGAAAACUGUCGCGAGGAAUCUAUAUAUGUAAUAGAGAUAAAAGUUCCGACGACGAGGGAUUUGCGAAAUCGACGCGCGAGAUAUUUCGCGCGGUUGACACACGCGGUUUUGCGGCACGAGUUUCUCGUAGUUCGCGAGAGAACGUUAGUUUUCCCGAUGAGCGUGCGCGCCUAACGAGAACACCUCAUUUUAACGUAUCGUCCGAGCGAUCAGUCUCAGGUGCUACCGAGAUUUAUUCGCGUUAUUAUAAUUACGAGCUCAUAACUGAUAAGCAGCGGCGCCGUGCCGACGUUACGAACAAAAAAAAAAAAAAAUAAAGUGCGUGCCAAAGUGACCCCCGAUUAUAAGGGGAUGAACGAUGUUCUACGGAAGGGGGAUACGCGAGGGAUGUAAGCCGCUUCGGAUGUGAAACGGGCGAUCAGACUUUUUCGCUUACAGAAAAUCACGCGACUCGUACUUCUUACGUACCAAACUGAAUCUUUGGCCUUCGUUUAAUUUACUGACUGAAGAAAGAGAAAAGAUACUUUUUGACUCAAAACUCGAGGUACAAUUAAGUACACAAAGUAUUUUCGAUAAGUAUAACAGAGGCAUGAUUCUUUAAUUAAGUAGAAAUACAAUUUCAAAGUUUUACAAUAUAUUUUAGAAAUUUUGUCUUUUAUAAGUUCUUUUUCCUCUUCUAGGAGAUCUCAAGAUCAAGUUUCGCGUACGCAGGGAUUUCAGUCUGAUCGUCCGCUUCUGCGUUCGUUGCGAGCGUGAACUAGUUGUUACAAUCUUUUAACUGUUGAAUUUUUGCUGUAGCAGUAAGUGUCUUAACGUAUACCUUAUAUAAACUACACGAUAAUAUAUUCUAUAUUAAUGUUUCUUAGAUUUAAAUCUAACAUACCGGACGGACGUGGCUGCGACGAGUGUUGUCGUUCGCGCUCUUUUAAAUACGAAUUGAACUGCUCUCUUAAGUGCUCAUUCCUGGAAUCUGCGAAACAAAAGCAACUCAGUUAUUUGUUACGUCAUCGCGAGAUCUUAUCGGCGUUGCGAGGAUAAAGAAUAGGUCAAGUGUUUCAAUGCAAAGAUAUUGAUGACAAUGUGCUUACUCGGAAUUGGUGACAAUUGUAGAAAGUGAAGCAUUCCGAACGCGGAACUUGGCAGGAUUUUUAUUUGUAUUUGUGACUGAUUAUAAUUUAUCGCAUUAUUUCGGUUGUAGAAAAAAUUAGACGACACUGAAGCAUAAAAUGUUUGGGCAUUAAUAGGCUUUCUUAUUCAAUACGAAAGUUGCGGGGCGACGAAAAAUUCGUCGAGGAACGUCCGGCCGGUCGUCUUAAAAAUUAAUACAAUCUAAAUGUGAUAAUAUAUUUGCUAUUAAAUUACGACAUAACGAUUACAUUAUAAUUAACUAACACUGCGCGAAAAACGUACGAAGAACAAAGAGAGAUAAGCAAUUUUAAGAGUCCGUAAUACUGAACGAUGGUGACGUUACGAGGGUGAUCUGAAUAUUCGCACUACGACAUUCUUUCUGCAAGAUAUUGAUCGGCUGAGCGAGUACAAAACGAUUAGAGAAUCGACGUUGUCGAAAUCUGAUCGAAAUUAAUACGAAACUAGAGAGAGAUGUGUAAUUUUUAUAGAUUAAUUCUUUGCGCUGAUUCAUUCCUUUUUAACCAUCAUUGCUCUUUGUGUCAAAUCUUAUUGUUAAGUUUCUGAGAUAACCGAGAGUACAAACGAUACUCUGUAAUAAACGAAUAAUAAGAUUAAUAAUUAUUUAAGCCAAGAAAAAAAAUAUCUUAUAAAGUGUAUUUGUAUUAUUCUAAAUUUUUCCUGGAUUAUAUUUAUAUUAAUUUGUCUUGUGUCCUGAUAAUGUGUUUUUAUCUACACAUUAAUUAACUUUGACUUUACCCGUCUCAAGCGUAAAGAAUUAAAAAUGAACAAAUUACGUCACCCUUGCUGACUCCCGCUGGAAUUCGAAUAAAAGUGCGAAGCUGCGUUUUGCUUGCCAAAAAAUUUAAAGACUCUUGCGCUCUACGCAUAAUAUAUACACACAAAUAUAUAAUUAUAUAAAUGUACAUGUAUGUGUGUGAGUGUGCCUAAAGAAUUUUUCCUCGGAUUAAUCUCUUAAACUUUCUAUGUCAUUGUCUUUAUCUCUCUCUCUUUCUCUCUCUCUGUCUCUUUAUCCUAUGCUCUCGAAUCACAUGUUGCAGUCGUAAACGAUUUCGAAGAACUAUUAUUGUAGUUCGACGAUAUCGAAUUACAUGGCAGAUUCACGAUGCCUCGUAUCCGUCGCCACGUGACCGGAUUAAUUAUUAAAAUCAUCUUAUUACAAUAUACAUAAUGUCAAUUUUUCAUUUUUCAUUUGAACGCUUCGCCUGCGCUAAGACUGUAAUAAUCUGUAAUAUUCGUAUUACAGAGUUGAAAGCCAUAUUUCGCGAGUUUGACAACGUAAAAAUUUGUUAUUCUUUUCUCCACAAGUAUAUUUAUCAAGAUAAUUAGAAUUUCUAGCAGAAAUCGGAAUAUUUUUUUAUUUGCAAAAUAGAUUGGUACGGGGUGUCAAAAAGCUAUUAUUAAUUUGGAUAAAAGCAAAGAGAGGAGAUUGAAUCGUUUAUCUCAGCCCUUACUCGAUAAGUUUCGCAAAAUUCGUUUGUUUACCUCUCUGUCAAUUAAGAAUGCAACAGUAUGUUAUAUUACAAAAAAUAUUUCGUUGUACAUGGACCAAAUGUCUCACAUUAUAAAAAAUAAGCGAGGAACUAAGCAUGACACUGCUCAAUUAAUUGAAAAUAAUUAGGAUGAUGUAAUUUGAUCCUCUAUAGGCAGUCAAAAUUGUAUGUAUAAAUGUAGAAACGAUGUUACACGCCUGUUGAUUUCCGUCAUAAAAAUUUUGCGCAAAAUUGCGUUAUCGGUUGAGGGCUGGUCGCAUUGUUUAACGAUUGUCUCUCUGUGUUCCAACAUAAUAGUAGAUAUUCCGUCGAUCGUUCCUCUUUAUAAACACGAAAAAAAAAAAAAUAAUAACUGCGCAGCCGCUACGCAACGCACGCACUCGCGAUUCCAAUUUGAUAGACCGCGAGCGAUCUCACUCUUUUCUGCAAAGUAUACGAAAGUAAACGCGCGUUCCAAUUUUUGCCUCGAACCCUCGGAAAAAAAAGAAGGCAAGAAAAUCAGAGGCACUUCACACCAAAUGUUCGCCUACGAACUCGCGCUUGAAUAUUUUUUUACGAUUUUAUGGCCUAAGCAUUUGGCGCCACGCCGAAAACGUAGGUACUCUUUACGGGUUUGCGCGACUCGAAUCGAUCGCGGUAAAUUAAUCUUAUGACGGUAAGGGGAAUUAUAUAAUAUAUAAAAAGCGAGUCGCUCCGCGGGAAUAUAAUUUCCUCGUGUGAUUCACGAUAGUGAAUGCCGAUGAUCUUGGAAAUCGUCGCGUGUUGUUCCCAAAAGUACAGCUUUCCAGUAAAUGUCUUUAAUUUUUUGUUUUUCUAAAAUUAUGUUAAUUUUCUCUCCAUUUAUUCUUAUUUCAGUCUAAUCUUUUUGAUUUCUCUUUUUCAACUAUUGUAGCAGAUGUAAUUUUUAUCGUUAAAGUUAAUGGAAACUUAUCUGUUACGUGCUCCAUAUUCAUCAACUAUUUUGCGAAUUGCUAAUAGUUUUUAAGUCUGUGAUGCAACAUUGUAUCGCAUCAUUAAAUCUUCCCAAGGGACCAUCGGCAAUCAUCGAAUCGUUUCAUCACGCGUUUUUACGUAUACGACUGCUGGAACGUGUGUGCGUGCAUGCGUGCGUAUCUGCUUAUCUGUAACGAUCAAUCUUAAGGAACUAAUUAACGAAUAAAUAGUUAAACUUGUCGUCACCAUUGUGAUUUAAGAUAGUAGAUAUACCCGCGCAAGUCGCUCGACAGUGCAGGUGCAACUGAUGAUGCUUCGUUCAAGUAUUACAAAAUUUUUUUAAACAAGUUAAUUUAGUAAAAUCAACUAACGGAACAUCGUAAGCAAAGUGACAGUGGUGCUCGUGUAAUCGUGCACAAAAUAAAUUGCCAUUUAAAGAAUAGAACUUAUAUUUUUAUAAGUAAAAUAUUAUUUAACUUAAGCGUAUAUAUAAAUUAGUAUUUUCUUUAUAUUCUGUUCUGAUAUCAAUUUCGUUGUAUUUUUUAAAGUUCUGUAGCGAUACGUUGUGCAGUUUGCACCUGCAUGGAGGACUCUCGCCGGGGAAACGUUUACCUGUUUGUAUAGCCAAAGUCGUCAUUUGUCUUUGGCAUGAUAAAAAUCUUAAUAAAGGUUUCAUUAAAA